AUGCGCUUCAUCGUACCUUUUCUCGCUACUGCAAGCCUUGCCAGCGCAGGGCUGCUAGAGACUAUCGUCAAGAGGGAUGACUACUGGGGCGGUAGUGUCUCGCUCGGUCCCUCCAAGUCGACCAUAAUCAACGCUGUCACGACGCUGAUCCCCGGAGCUGCACCAGAACCACAAAACGGUGUACUAUUCCUCUGGCCUGGUAUGUCAAAUGGGACUGGCGACCUGGUCCAAACAAACCUUGAAAGCUGGCCUGACAACUCGUGGUGCGGAGCAACCACCGGCCAGUGGUGUGUGCGCGCCAGUGUGUUUGGCGGCUUUGGCCAGCUGGACGGUCCCCCAUCGCCCGUGAGCGGAACUGACCAGGUGCGGAUUGAGUACAAUCUUGAGUCUGAUGGACAGACAUGGAAGCAGACUGUCACAAAUGGUCAGACUGGUGCCCUGCUUUCAACUUACUCUCUCGCUUCUGGGCCGUAUAUGCGAGGAUACGGCACUGGAACUGAGUGUAAUGACAACUGCUCCGGAACUAUCGCUGCGCAGAAAUACUUGAAUACGGUUAUCACUCUGUCCUCGGCUGAUACUACUUUUGGAUCGACGAUUGGCACUGCGGGUGGUGCUACUUAUACUGGACUUUCAUCUAGUCAGGGUGGAAAAGUCUGGACUAUCAAACAGAUUGAUAUUCCGUCGAUGCAUUAA